AUGGCAUCUUCUGCUCCGUUUGGAGCCUUGGCUCAGGCAGGCGGCGUGGCUGAGAAUCUUGAGGAGAAGGUACAAGAGUCCGCCGAGAAGAGACCCGAGAGCCCCCAACUCGAGCGCGAGACUACGCGCGGAGAAUCUAUAAUGGACUCCUCGGACGAUGGUGAAAAAGUCCAGCGAAUCAAGCACCUGGCGCGCACCCUUACACACAAUUCUGUCAAAAACACCCUUGGGGAGCAUGUAAAUCCUUUCAACGGCUCUGAUAACCCCUCCCUGGAUCCUUUGUCAGGCAAAUUCAGCUACAGAGCUUGGGUCAAGACUUUGGUUGGACUUCAGUCGCGAGAUCCUGAACGAUACCCCCAGAGAGUUGCUGGUGUUGCCUACAGGAAUCUUGGAGCAUAUGGCUUUGGCGAAUCUACCGACUACCAAAAGACCUUUGGUAAUUACCCAUUAGAGGCUGCAGGACUUUUUAGGAGAAUUAUUGGAAAGAGACAACAGACCAAGAUCCAAAUUCUGAGGGAUUUCGAUGGUCUUGUUCGAAGUGGAGAAAUGCUUGUUGUGUUGGGUAGACCUGGGAGUGGAUGCUCAACACUGCUCAAAACAAUCUCCGGAGAGACACACGGGUACUUUGUUGACGAGCAUACCUCUAUCAACUACCAGGGAAUUCCAAUGAAACAAAUGCACAAUGAUUUCAGGGGAGAAUGUAUCUACCAAGCCGAAGUUGAUAUCCAUUUCCCUCAAUUGACAGUUGGACAAACAUUGGAAUUUGCCGCGCAAGCACGAGCUCCUCGAAAUCGGAUUCCUGGUGUCACGAGAGAUCAAUAUGCCGCGCACAUGAGGGAUGUAAUCAUGGCUGUCUUUGGACUUACACACACACUCAAUACCAAGGUUGGAAACGACUUCAUUCGCGGUGUGAGUGGUGGUGAGCGCAAGCGUGUCAGUAUUGCAGAAGCAGCUCUCGGAGGCAGCCCUCUGCAGUGCUGGGACAACAGUACUCGUGGUCUGGACAGUGCCACCGCGUUGGAAUUUGUGAAAACCCUCCGACUUUCGACUGAAAUGGCCGGCUCAGCAGCCGUGGUUGCAAUUUAUCAAGCAUCACAAUCGAUCUACGAUGUCUUCGACAAGGUUGCAGUGCUGUACGAAGGUCGACAAAUCUAUUUCGGAGACAUCCACGCUGCAAAAGAAUUCUUCAUCAACAUGGGUUUCGACUGCCCGCUCCGACAAACGACCGCCGAUUUCCUCACCUCUCUUACUAGUCCCGCCGAGCGUAUUGUCCGACCAGGAUUUGAAGGCAAAACUCCUUACACGCCCGAUGAGUUCGCAGCUGCGUGGCAAAAGAGUGGAGACAGAGCUCAACUGCUCCAGGAGAUCGCAGAUUUUGAUGAACAGUACCCGGUUGGCGGCGAGCACCUUGAACAGUUCAAAGCAUCCCGUCAAGCAGCUCAAGCUAAGGGGCAACGUGUUAAAUCUCCGUACACCCUCUCGAUUCCUAUGCAGGUCAAGCUUUGCACAAAACGUGGUUUCCAAAGAUUGCGCGGUGACGCGACUUUGUUCUUCACAGGCCUUUUCGGCCAGACUGCCUUGGCUUUGAUUAUUAGCAGUAUUUUCUUCAACCUUCAAAAUGUCACCGCAGAUCUUUAUAGUAAAGGCGCUCUGCUUUUUUUCUCUAUUCUGAUGGCAGCUUUUCAAUCUGCUUUAGAGAUCUUGACGCUUUACGCUCAGCGAGGCAUCGUCGAGAAGCAUUCGAAAUACGCCUUCUACCAUCCAUCUGCGGAAGCAGUUGCCUCUAUGAUUACUGACCUGCCGAAUAAAAUAUUCACCACUAUUUUAUUUGAUCUGACAAUCUACUUCAUGACGAACCUCAGAAGGGCACCUGGACCCUUUUUUAUCUUUUUACUAUUCACGUUCAUGUGUACCUUGACUAUGUCUAUGUACUUCCGUUCUAUUGCAGCUAUGUCACGCAGUCUAUCGCAGGCAAUGGCACCCGCGGCGAUCUUCAUCUUGGCCUUGGUAAUCUACACCGGUUUUGCCAUUCCAACUAAACAAAUGCAUCCUUGGUUUAGAUGGAUUAAUUAUCUUGACCCUGUGGCUUAUGCCUUCGAGGCACUCAUGGUCAAUGAGUUUCAUGGUCGUCAGAUUAGUUGCUCUCAAUAUAUACCAGGUACACUGGGUGGCGUAUUCCCCCAAUAUGGCAACUUGAAAAGUGAUGAACAGGUCUGCGCAACUACUGGGGCUUUACCGGGCUCCUUAAAUGUUGACGGGGACAAUUAUCUGGAUGUCACCUACCAAUACUCCUAUUCUCACCUCUGGAGGAACUUCGGAAUUAUGAUCGCACUCAUGGUCUUCGGAUGUACCAUUUACAUUGUGUCCACAGAAUAUAUCUCUUCCAAGAAGUCUAAGGGUGAGGUUCUGCUUUUCAGACGUGGCAAAGUGCCAGACUUCGCCCCGAAGCCCGACGUCGAAUCGAAUGUCGAUGGCCAAGAAGUUCGACUUGCUCGGUCCAAGACUACCCCAGAUGCUCCAGCUAGUAUUCAAAAACAAACCGCUAUCUUCCAUUGGGAUUCCGUCAACUAUGACAUCAAGAUUAAGAAGGAACCUCGUAGACUUUUGGAUGAAGUCGAUGGCUGGGUCAAACCGGGUACUUUGACGGCCCUCAUGGGUGUUUCUGGUGCCGGAAAGACCACGCUACUUGAUGUACUUGCUAGCCGUACCACAAUGGGAGUUGUCACCGGUGAAAUGCUUGUCGAUGGUCGACAAAGAGAUACUGGAUUCCAGAGAAAGACAGGCUAUGUCCAACAACAGGAUCUUCAUUUAGCAACCUCUACAGUUAGAGAAGCGUUGAAUUUCAGUGCGAUUUUGCGUCAACCAAAGCAUACACCACAUGCCGAAAAGGUCGCUUAUGUCGAUGAAGUUAUCAAGGUCUUGGAAAUGGAGACAUAUGCAGAUGCUGUUGUUGGUGUUCCGGGCGAAGGACUUAACGUGGAACAACGAAAAAGACUCACAAUUGGUGUGGAACUUGCAGCAAAGCCAGCCCUCUUGCUCUUCCUUGAUGAACCUACCUCCGGUCUUGACUCACAAACUGCAUGGUCUAUCUGCGCGUUGCUUCGUAAGCUUGCAGAUAAUGGCCAGGCUAUUCUUUGCACCAUUCAUCAACCUUCAGCAAUCCUAUUUCAGGAAUUCGACCGUCUCCUGUUCCUUGCGAAGGGAGGUAAGACGGUUUAUUUCGGCGAGAUCGGCGAAAACUCCAAGGUUCUGACCGACUAUUUUGAAAGUCACGGUUCAAGAAAGUUUGGAGAAGAUGAAAAUCCAGCUGAAGUUAUGUUGGAGGUGAUAGGUGCUGCUCCUGGAUCAGAGACUGAUAUUAAUUGGCCAGCGGUCUGGAACGAGUCUAAAGAGCGUGCUGAAGUCAAAGCUACUCUUGCUGAGAUGAAGGCGACCCUGUCUCAGCUAGAGCAUGUGGAGGACGACACAGCUCUUGAUUACUACGCCGCUACCUUCAAAGUCCAACUCUGGACUGUUCUACAGCGCGUCUUUGCACAAUACUGGCGAACACCGUCUUACCUCUACUCUAAAGUAGCGCUAUCUACGCUCACUGCUUUGUUCAUUGGAUUCUCCUUCUGGAAAGCUUCAACAUCAAUCCAGGGACUACAGGAUCAACUCUUCGCCAUCUUCAUGCUGCUCACCAUCUUCGGCAAUCUCACCCAGCAAAUCAUGCCUCACUUCGUUACCCAACGCUCCCUCUACGAGGUCCGAGAACGACCGUCCAAGACCUAUUCGUGGCAGGUGUUCAUUCUAUCAAACCUUUUGGUCGAACUUCCCUGGAAUGCGAUGAUGGGUGUACUAAUGUUCUUUUGCUGGUAUUAUCCUAUCGGACUUUGGCGAAACGCUGUCCCAACGGACGCUGUGACGGAGCGCGGGGGCCUAAUGUUCCUUUUCAUACUCACAUUUCUUCUUUUCACAUCGACCUUUACCACCAUGGUCAUCGCCGGUAUUGAGUCUGCAGAAGAAGGCGGCAACAUAGCCCAGCUUAUGUUCUCAAUGACCCUUAUCUUUAACGGCGUCCUCGCGUCUCCGUCCAAGUUCCCGCAUUUCUGGAUCUUCAUGUACCGCGUUUCCCCCUUCACCUAUCUCGUAUCUGGCGUCCUGUCGACAGGCUUAGCAAACACCGAUGUCGUAUGCGCCGAUUACGAAUACUUGCACUUCAACCCGCCUCAGGGAAUGAACUGCUCCACGUACCUCGAUCCCUAUAGAGGUCUCGCGGGCGGGUACUAUCAAGAUGGCGGCGCGGUUAAUGAUUGCACUUUCUGCACCUUGAGUAAGACAAACCAAUUCUUGGAGCAAAUUAACGUCAAGUACGACGAUCGAUGGCGCAACUUUGGGUUGAUGUGGGUUUAUAUUGCUUUUAAUGCUGCCGGAGCUGUCUUCCUGUACUGGUUGGCUAGGGUGCCUAAGAACAAGAAGGAGAAGAAGGAGAAGAAGGAUUAA